UUUCUUUGUUUUCACCUCAGGUUUUCACUUUUCUUCGAGGUUUUCUUUGAACUGUGCUUCAGUUAUAAUCAAAGAGUAUUUUAAUAGGGUAGUUAUAAUAAUGUACUCUGUGAACUGUGCUUUGAACACAGAACAUUUUCUCAUAUAUAAAAAAGUACUCUGUGACAGAACAUCAUCAAACCUGUGCAUCAAACAAUAAUUUACGAUUAAUACCUAAUACAAAUCUCUAUUGAGAAUCUAAAAUUAUUAAUUUUAUUUAAAAAUGAGUAGAGUAAAUAAAUCAAUACUAAUUAUUCCUUGUUACUAAAUGUUCUCAAAAUAAAUGAAUUGUAAUAUUUAUUGAAAGUUCUAUAAUUAUUGUUAACUGUUGCCAAUAAUUCUUGUAAAAAGUGAGGAAUAUUUCACACACACAUCAGUGACUGUGAAACACGUAUUAUAAUACUAAAGAUUUAUUAUAUUAUAUUCUAUAUUAUAGAAUACGAAGUUUAAACAUGAUUGAUAAUUACAGUCAUGUUGACCCUAAAAUAUUUUAUAUAUCUGAAAGCAUACCGGGACCACGAGAAGAUAGUAAAGAAUAUUCUAAUUUAAUAAAUAAUUAUAAUUCUCAAAUCACACAAAGCUGUGAUUGUGUUAAAAUAUGUCCCCAAGAAUGUGAUUGUAUACUUUUAAGUAAAAUACAUUACAGCACCAUCCAAACAUCAAAAGCUAGUAAAAUUUAUGAGAACAAUGAAAUUGAAAACCUGGGAAAUAGCUACAUACUAGAAUGCAAUGAUACCUGCACUUGCACUGAAGAGUGUUCUAAUCGAACUGUCCAAAAAGGUCCAAUCAAAAAUCUUAAAAUAAAGCUUUGUAGCAGUGAAGCAAAAGGAUAUGGCCUUUUCACUAAAUCCUAUAUACCAAAAGGAAUUUUUAUUUGUGAAUAUGCUGGAGAAAUUAUAACUAAAAGUGAAGCUGAUAGGAGACAAUCUUCCAACGCCUCAGGACAGAAAAUGAAUUACAUUUUUUGUUUAAAUGAAGUUGUAGAAAACCAAAAAAUGCAAACAUUUAUAGAUCCAAGUGAAUUUGGUAAUAUAGGCCGAUACAUAAAUCAUAGUUGUUCACCAAAUUCUGUGGUGUUGCCUGUGCGUGUUAACUGUCCUAUUCCAAAAUUGGCAAUUUUUAGUUGUUGUGAUAUAUCACCUGAAGAAGAAAUCACUUUUCACUAUGGCGUGGACAGUUUAACUUGUUCCACACAAAACACAUUGAAUGAUAGAAAAUUAUGUUUAUGCCAGAGCCCCCAAUGCAGUGGUUUAAUUCCUUUCAAUACAUAUUGUUAAAUGAAGUCAUUAUCCAUAUAGGUACAUUUUAUCAAAAUUUGCAAUAGCUGUUAAUAUUGGGAUCAAAUUUAUUGUAUUCAAAUUUUAAUCCAUAUGUCUAUAAUGGAAACUAGCUGCCUUUGCAAGAAAUAUAUUUGCAUCCAGCAGUAUGUACAGCUAUUCCACACUGGAAGGUCAUCACUAUGGUUUGGACAGUGGACUGCAGUUGAACAUGCUAACAUUAAGCUAAGCAGACUAAUUUUUUAUGUCAUACAUAAUAAUAUUUUUAUAUAACAUAUUAUGUACCUACUAUCAAUAUUUGGAAUAUAUUAUACUAUAAUAUA